GCCGGCGGGGCCGAGAGGAGCCGGGCCGGGCCGGGCCGGGCCCCGAACGCCGACAGGGAGGGCGGUCGGGCGCUGCAAGCAGCGGGGACAGCGGCACCGGCGGCCGCGGGCCCAGGCCUCACCUUUCCUGAUGGCGCAGGUACCGGGGGAGGUGGACAACAUGGAGGGCCUACCGGCCGCUAACAACAACAACCCCGCAGCCCGCUGGGAGAGUCCUGAUCGGGGCUGGGAACGGGAGCAGCCAGCAGCUUCCACGGCCGCCGCCUCGCUCUUCGAGUGCUCCCGGAUCAAGGCCUUGGCAGAUGAGCGCGAGGCCGUGCAGAAGAAGACCUUCACCAAGUGGGUGAACUCGCACCUGGCCCGCGUCGGCUGCCACAUCACGGACCUCUACGCCGACCUCCGCGACGGCUUUGUGCUCACACGGCUCCUGGAAGUCCUGUCCGGGGAGCAGCUGCCAAGGCCCACGCGCGGUCGCAUGAGGAUCCACUCGCUGGAAAACGUGGACAAGGCGCUGCAGUUCCUGAAGGAGCAGCGCGUGCACCUGGAAAACGUGGGCUCGCAUGACAUUGUGGACGGGAAUCACCGGCUGACCUUGGGGCUAGUCUGGACCAUCAUCCUGCGCUUCCAGAUUCAAGUAAUCAAAAUCGAGACUGAGGACAACAGAGAGACCCGCUCAGCCAAGGACGCACUGCUCCUGUGGUGUCAGAUGAAGACAGCUGGUUACCCUGAGGUAAACAUCCAGAAUUUCACCACCAGCUGGCGGGAUGGCUUGGCCUUCAAUGCGCUCAUUCACCGGCACAGGCCCGAUCUCGUGGACUUCAGCAAACUCACCAAGUCCAACGCCAACUACAACCUGCAGAGAGCCUUCCGCACGGCUGAGCAGCACCUGGGGCUGACACGUCUGCUGGACCCUGAGGAUGUGAACAUGGAGGCUCCAGAUGAGAAGUCCAUCAUCACCUACGUGGUCUCUUUCUACCACUAUUUCUCCAAGAUGAAGGCUCUGGCUGUGGAGGGGAAGCGGAUCGGGAAGGUCCUGGACCAGGUGUUGGAGGUGGGGAAGAUCAUUGAGCGCUACGAGGAGCUGGCGGCCGAGCUGCUGGCCUGGAUUCACCGCACCGUGGGCCUCAUCAGCAACCAGAAGUUUGCCAACUCACUGAGCGGAGUGCAGCAGCAGCUUCAGGCGUUCACGGCCUAUUGCACCCUGGAGAAGCCAGUCAAGUUUCAGGAGAAGGGGAACCUGGAGGUGCUGCUCUUCAGCAUCCAGAGCAAACUGCGUGCCUGUAAUCGUCGCCUCUUUGUGCCUCGAGAGGGCUGUGGCAUCUGGGAUAUCGACAAGGCAUGGGGCCAGCUGGAGAAGGCAGAGCACGAACGGGAGGCUGCUCUGCGGGCUGAGCUGAUCCGGCAGGAGAAGCUGGAACUACUGGCCCAGAGGUUUGACCACAAGGUGGCCAUGAGGGAAAGCUGGCUGAAUGAGAACCAGCGCCUGGUCUCCCAGGACAACUUCGGGUAUGAGCUGCCGGCCGUGGAGGCCGCCAUGAAGAAGCACGAGGCCAUCGAGGCCGACAUUGCGGCCUACGAGGAGCGGGUGCAGGGCGUGGCCGAGCUGGCCCAGGCCCUGGCGGCGGAAGGCUACCACGAUGCCCGGCGCGUGGUGGCCCAGCGUGACAGCGUCCUGCGCCAGUGGGCCCUGCUGACCGGGCUGGUGGGGGCCCGGCGGACGCGGCUUGAGCAGAACCUGGCCCUGCAGAAGGUCUUCCAGGAGAUGGUGUACAUGGUGGACUGGAUGGAGGAGAUGCAGGCUCAGCUGCUGUCCCGCGAGUGCGGGCAGCACCUGGUAGAGGCGGAGGACCUGUUGCAGAAGCAUGGACUGCUGGAGGGGGACAUCGCGGCCCAGAGUGAGCGGGUGGAGGCGCUCAACGCUGCUGCCCUGCGUUUCUCUCAGCUGCAGGGCUACCAGCCCUGCGAUCCGCAGGUCAUCUGCAACCGCGUGAACCACGUGCACGGCUGUCUGGCUGAGCUGCAGGAGCAGGCGGCGCGGCGGCGCGCGGAGCUGGAGGCCUCGCGGAGCCUGUGGGCGCUGCUGCAGGAGCUGGAGGAGGCCGAGAGCUGGGCCCGCGAUAAGGAGCGCCUCCUCGAGGCGGCGGGCGGCGGCGGCGGCGGCGCGGCGGGCGCGGGGGGCACGGCGCGGGCGCUUCACCAGUUCGGCGCCGACGACGGGCUCCUGGACUGGCUUCGCGACGCCUACCGCCUAGCAGCCGCGGGCGACUUCGGCCACGACGAGGCGUCCAGCCGCCGCCUGGCCCGCCAGCACCGGGCGCUCACCGGGGAGGUGGAGGCGCAUCGCGGGCCCGUGGGCGGCCUGCGGCGUCAGCUGGCGACACUGGGGGGCGCCAGCGGCGCCGGGCCCCUGGUGGUGGCACUGCAGGUGCGCGUGGUGGAGGCAGAGCAGUUGUUCGCCGAGGUGACCGAGGUGGCUGCGCUGCGGCGCCAGUGGCUGCGUGACGCCCUGGCGGUCUACCGCAUGUUCGGCGAAGUGCACGCGUGCGAGCUGUGGAUCGGUGAGAAGGAGCAGUGGCUGCUGGCCAUGCGCGUGCCCGAUUCGCUCGACGACGUCGAGGUGGUGCAGCACCGAUUUGAGAGUCUGGACCAGGAGAUGAACAGUCUGAUGGGCCGUGUCCUGGAUGUGAACCACACGGUCCAGGAGCUGGUGGAAGGAGGCCACCCCAGUUCAGACGAGGUCCGCUCCUGCCAGGACCACCUCAACAGCAGGUGGAACCGCAUCGUGGAGCUGGUGGAACAGCGCAAAGAGGAGAUGAGCGCAGUGCUGCUGGUGGAGAACCACGUGCUGGAGGUGGCCGAGGUGCGCGCCCAGGUGCGCGAGAAGCGGAGGGCUGUGGAGAGCGCGCCCCGAGCGGGCGGUGCCCUGCAGUGGCGCCUGAGCGGCCUGGAGGCGGCUCUGCAAGCGCUGGAGCCCCGCCAGGCGGCCCUCCAGGAGGAGGCCGCCCUGCUGGCUGUGCGCUUCCCGGCUCAGGCAGCGCGGCUGCACCAGGGUGCGGAAGAACUGGGCGCCGAGUGGGGCGCGCUGGCGAGCGCGGCUCAGGCUUGUGGCGAGGCGGUGGCUGCGGCCGGGCGCCUGCACUUCCUGCACGACCUGGACGCUUUCUUGGACUGGCUGGUGCGCGCCCAGGAGGCGGCGGGCGGCGUCGAGGGGCCCCUGCCCGGCAGCCUGGAGGAGGCGGAUGCGCUGCUGGCUCGCCACGCCGCGCUCAAGGAGGAGGUGGACCAGCGCGAGGAGGACUACGCGCGCAUCGUGGCAGCCAGCGAGGCCCUGCUGGCGAACGACGGCGCCGAGCUGGGCCCCGGCCUGGCGCUCGACGAGUGGCUGCCGCACCUCGAACUUGGCUGGCACAAGCUGCUCGGCUUGUGGGAGGCGCGCAGGGAGGCCCUGGUGCAGGCACACGUCUACCAGCUCUUCCUGCGCGACCUACACCAGGCUCGCGCAGUGCUCCGCAACCAGGAGGUGGCACUGUCGGGCCCUGAGCUCCCCUGCACGGUGGAAGCAGUGGAGGAGGCACUGAAAAGACACCGGGAUUUUCUCACCACGAUGGAGCUGAACCAGCAGAAGACGCAAGUGGCCACGCAGGCCGCCGAGGGGCUGCUGAGGCAGGGCAACGCCUACGGGGAGCAGGCCCAGGAGGCUGUGACCCGGCUGCUGGAGAAGAGCCAAGAAAACCAACUGCGGGCCCAGCAAUGGAUGCAGAAGCUACACGACCAACUUGGGCUGCAGCACUUCCUCCGAGACUGCCACGAGCUGGAUGGCUGGAUCCAUGAGAAAAUGCUAAUGGCGCGGGAUGGCACACGGGAAGACGGCCACAAGCUCCAUAAGAGAUGGCUCCGGCACCAGGCAUUCAUGGCCGAGCUGGCUCAGAAUAAGGAGUGGCUGGAGAAGAUCGAGAGGGAGGGCCAGCAACUGAUGCAGGAGAAACCAGAGCUGGCGGCCUCCGUGCGGAAAAAGCUGGGUGAGAUCCGCCAGUGCUGGGCCGAGCUGGAGAGCACCACCCAGGCCAAGGCACGACAGCUCUUUGAGGCCAGCAAAGCCGACCAGCUGGUGCAGAGCUUCGCCGAGCUGGACAAGAAGCUCCUUCACAUGGAAAGCCAGCUGCAAGACGUGGAUCCCGGCGGGGACCUGGCCACUGUCAACAGUCAGCUCAAGAAGCUACAGUCGAUGGAGUCGCAGGUGGAGGAGUGGUACCGCGAGGUGGGAGAGUUGCAGGCGCAGACUGCGGCCCUGCCGCUGGAGCCGGCCAGCAAGGAGCUGGUGGGCGAGCGGCAGAACGCGGUGGGCGAGCGCCUGGUGCGCCUGCUCGAGCCGCUGCAGGAGCGCCGCCGCCUGCUGCUCGCCUCUAAGGAGCUGCACCAGGUGGCGCACGACCUCGACGACGAGCUGGCAUGGGUCCAGGAGAGACUGCCACUGGCCAUGCAGACGGAGCGAGGCAGUGGUUUGCAGGCUGUCCAGCAGUAUAUCAAAAAGAACCAGGGCCUGCGGCGGGAGAUCCAGGCGCACGGGCCGCGGCUGGAGGAGGUGCUGGAGCGCGCGGGCGCGCUGGCGUCGCUGCGCAGCCCGGAGGCGGAGGCCGUGCGCCGGGGCCAGGAGCAGCUGCAGGGCGCCUGGGCCGGACUGCGGGAGGCGGCCGAGCGGCGGCAGCAGGUGCUGGACGCCGCCUUCCAGGUGGAGCAGUACUACUUCGACGUGGCCGAGGUGGAGGCGUGGCUGGCGUGGAUGGGCGAGCAGGAGCUGCUCAUGAUGAGUGAGGACAAGGGCAAGGACGAACAGAGCACCCUGCAACUGCUCAAGAAGCACCUUCAGCUGGAGCAGGGCGUGGAGAACUACGAGGAGAGCAUCGCGCAGCUGUCGCGCCAGUGCCGGGCGCUGUUGGAGAUGGGGCCGGGGGGUGAGCAGAUCAGCCGUCGGCAGUCUCAGGUGGACCGUCUGUACGUGGCGCUCAAGGAGCUGGGUGAGGAGCGCAGGGUGGGCUUGGAGCAGCAGUACUGGCUCUACCAGCUCAGCCGCCAGGUGGACGAGCUCGAGCACUGGAUUGCGGAGAAGGAGGUGGUGGCCGGCUCACCUGAGCUCGGCCAGGACUUCGAGCACGUCACGGUGCUGCAGGAGAAAUUCUCAGAGUUUGCCAACGAGACGGGCACCGCAGGGCGGGAGCGGCUGGCGGCUGUGAACCAGAUGGUGGAUGAGCUGAUCGAGUGCGGCCACACAGCGGCGGCCACCAUGGCCGAGUGGAAGGACGGGCUGAACGAGGCGUGGGCCGAGCUGCUGGAGCUUAUGGGCACUCGGGCCCAGCUGCUGGCCGCCUCUCGGGAGCUGCAUAAGUUCUUCAGCGACGCCCGAGAGCUUCAGGGACAGAUCGAGGAGAAGCGGAGGCGACUGCCCCGCCUGACCGCCCCGCCUGAGCCGAGACCCAGCGCGAGCUCCAUGCAGCGGACCCUGCGCGCCUUUGAGCAUGACCUGCAGCUCCUCGUGUCCCAGGUGCGGCAGCUCCAGGAGGGGGCAGCCCAGCUGCGGACGGUGUACGCGGGAGAGCACGCAGAGGCCAUCGCCAUUCGGGAGCAAGAGGUGCUGCAGGGCUGGAAGGAGCUGCUGGCCGCCUGUGAGGACGCCCGCCUGCACGUCAGCUCCACGGCCGAUGCCCUGCGAUUCCACAGCCAGGCCCGGGACCUGCUGUCCUGGAUGGAUGGCAUCGCCAGCCAGAUCGGGGCAGCUGACAAGCCCAGGGACGUGUCGUCAGUGGAGGUGCUCAUGAACUACCACCAGGGCCUGAAGACGGAGCUGGAGGCCCGGGUGCCCGAGCUGACAGCCUGCCAGGAGCUGGGGCGCUCUCUGCUGCUCAACAAGAGUGCCAUGGCUGAUGAGAUCCAGGCACAGCUGGACAAGCUGGGAACCAGGAAGGAAGAGGUGUCAGACAAGUGGGACCGCCAUUGGGAAUGGCUGCAGCAAAUGCUGGAAGUGCACCAGUUUGCCCAGGAGGCGGUGGUGGCCGAUGCCUGGCUGACCGCCCAGGAGCCGCUCCUGCAGAGCCGGGAGCUGGGCAGCAGCGUGGAUGAGGUGGAGCAGCUGAUCCGGCGCCACGAGGCCUUCCGCAAAGCGGCUGCUGCCUGGGAAGAAAGGUUCAGCUCCCUGCGGCGCCUGACCACGAUAGAGAAACUCAAGGCGGAACAGAGCAAGCAGCCCCCCACCCCCCUGCUGGGGCGCAAGUUCUUUGGAGACCCCACGGAACUGGCGGCCAAGGCAGCGCCCCUCCUGCGGCCAGGGGGCUACGAGAGGGGCUUGGAGCCCCUGGCCCGCCGGGCCUCGGACACUCUGUCGGCGGAGGUGCGGACCCGGGUGGGGUACGUGCGCCAGGAGCUCAAGCCCGAACGCCUCCAGCCGCGCAUCGACCGGCUGCCGGAGAUCCCGGGGAGGGUGGAGACCCUGGCCCCGCCGGCCGCACCAGAGGAUGCGGCGGAGACCCCCGGGGCCCUGGCAGCGGCGGAGCAGGUCCGGCCGCGGCCGGACCGCCAGGAGUCAGCUGAUCGCACGGAGGAGUUACCCAGGAGGCGGAGACCGGAGCGGCAGGAAUCGGCCGAUCAAUCUGAGGAGGCUGCGCGGAGGCGACGGCCAGAGCGGCAGGAGUCUGCGGAGCACGAGGCGGCACAUAGCCUCACCCUGGGCCGCUACGAGCAGAUGGAGCGGCGGCGCGAGCGGCGUGAGCGGCGGUUGGAGAGACAGGAGUCCAGCGAACAGGAGAUGCCGACCAGAGGAGAGCUGGCCAAGGGGAAGGCCACCCUGGCUGACAUUGUGGAGCAGCUGCAGGAGAAAGAAGCAGGCCCAGGGCUCUCUGUUGGGCCGUCGCUGCCUCAGCCUCGCGAGCUUCCCCCAGGCCGCCUGCCCAACGGGCUUGAGCCGCCCGAGCGGACACCUCGGCCGGACCGGCCGCGGGCGCGGGACCGGCCCCNGCCCAAGCGCGACCGGCCGCGGCCCCGAGAGGGUGGUGAGGGCGGGGGAAGCCGGCGCUCGCGCUCGGCCCCGGCCCAGGGCGGCUCCGCCCCCGCGCCUCCGCCACCGCCCACUCACACAGUGCAGCACGAGGGCUUCCUGCUGCGCAAGCGCGAGCUCGACGCUAACCGCAAGUCGUCCAACCGGUCGUGGGUGAGCCUGUACUGCAUGCUCAGCAAGGGGGAGCUGGGCUUCUACAAGGACGCCAAGGGCCCGGCGUCUGGGGGCACACACGGCGGGGAGCCACUGCUCAGUCUGCACAAGGCCACCAGCGAGGUGGCUAGUGACUACAAGAAAAAGAAGCACGUCUUCAAGCUCCAGACCCAGGAUGGCAGCGAGUUUUUGCUCCAGGCUAAAGAUGAGGAGGAGAUGAACGGCUGGCUGGAGGCUGUGGCCGCUUCCGUGGGAGAGCACGCUGAGAUCGCCCGCUGGGGACAGACACUACCCACCACGUCCUCCACAGACGAGGGCAACCCCAAGCGAGAGGCUGGGGAGCGCAGGGCCAGCGGGCGCCGGAAGUGACUUCCCACCCCCUGGGCCUGACACACAUCCCCGCCCCUUCUCUCAGCACUGUGGGCACAAAGACACUUUCUCUUCUGCGGGGGCGGGAGCCCCUGGUUCCACCAACACUGCGGACGCGCCAAGAUGGGCACUGGAAAGGAGGGGACUUCUCCUGCACUCCAGGAAGUGGUGGGGGGAUUGCUGCCCCUAUAGCCAUAUCUCGGCCCCUUCCUGCUCGCCACCCCACCCCAGGUGCUGGGGCUCCAUUAUUUUUAUGCAAUAACUGAGUUGGGGGGGCGGGUAAAGGGGCCAGUUGAGCCAAGCCCCCUGCCCGGAUCUCCAGAUCUUGCCCCAAGAAGCUGGGGUGGUAGGGGCGAUAAUUCCUGCCCCCCUCUCCGCCCUAGGGAUGGGCACGGGGCCGCUGGUGAGGUCCCCUGGACCAUCCAGGGUGCUAGGGGGUGGGGAGGGGACGCCUCCUCCCCGCCUUUACCUCACUUCCAAUGCUGCCUUGAUCUCUUUCUGGGAAGGGGGAGUGCAGGGGCCUUGGCCCCAGCACUCUGCCGUCUCAGAGCCAUGCGGUUAAUUCCUGACUUAGUUUAUUUUUGCAAAACGUCGACCUCCUCCUCCCCUGCCCCGCAUCCGCGAAGGCUUUUAAUGGGAGGGGCGUCAAAGCUCAAAGUCCUCUCCUCAAAGCUCCUCUCUCCUCUCCCCUCCAGAGGUAAAUGCCACUUUGUGAGGGGAGGGGUGAGGGGAAGCCCUCCCCCCCUGCAUGCUUCUGGCAGGAGCACCUCCCUAGGGAGUGGGGGAACCGGGUAGUGGGCAGCCCCCAUGGCCGCCUGGAGGAACCACUGGGGCUCAGGGGUGUGGGGCGGUGUGGCAGGCGCACACUGUAUGUACCUAUAAUAAAUCCUUUGGCU